AUGGCUGGCCCAUUCGAAUGGCAUCUUGAGUCGAUAUUACGACGAACAGAGCCGGACGUUGAUUUCGCUCUGAUUGUGUUGAACCAACCGCUUGAAGAGACCGAGGUCGUGCAGGAGCUGUGGAAAAGAGCGCGGAUACGAGUAGCGUCAGACGGGGCGGCAAAUCGCCUCUAUGAUCUCGUGAAGAAGGGUGAGAGACGCGGAGGACCAAGUAUAUAUGAUUCCUUGGAUGUCAUCAUAGGGGAUCUAGACUCCUUGGAAGACGACUCACGAGCGUACUUUACAACACAAACGGCUCGGCCGACACGCAUCAUUCAUGAGACGGAACAAGAGAGCACAGACUUUGGAAAGGCCAUCGACUGGGUCCGAAGUUCUGCUGCUUCCGCUUCGUCGAGCGGCGUUGACAACAAUCAAGACGUCAAGGGUGUGGACGAGGGGAAGACGCCGUUGAGUAUCGUUGCCCUCGGUGGGCUGGGCGGACGUAUUGACCAAGGCAUCUCCGUCCUGCACUACCUGUACCUAUUCCAGCCCGGGCCCGCAUACGACUUGGGCCGGAUAUACCUAUUGUCGGAGGAGAACAUGACGGUGCUUUUGCAACCCGGCAAGCACGUUUUGCGCAUGCGCGACGACAACGAGGAGAGCGGCGGCGGUGUAUGGGGUAAAUACGUGGGCAUCCUGCCUAUGCUGGGGUCAAGCGUGCUCACGACGACGGGGCUAAGGUGGGACGUCGUCGACUGGCCGACGAGCUUCCUGGGGAAGAUGAGCACGAGCAACCACCUCCCGCCCGAGACGAAGGUGGUGACGGUGGAAACUACCGAGGCCGUUUUGUUUACAGUUUCGCUCAAGGGGACGGGGUAA